CAGCUGAUGUUGAUCACUGAGCUGAUGAGGCAGGAAGUCUAUAAGGUGAGCUUCUUCCAAACUGCUUCACAUUGUUUAGUCAUGGUGACUCAUCGGUACCUGGGUGUUGUAAUCCUGGCUGUUUUUGCAACAACUGUCACAAAUGCAGAAAUCACAGUGACGUGUGGAAAAGACUCGGUGAAAAUCAGAUGGGAAUUUGGUGCAGACUGGGUGCCGAAUGCAUCUCGCCUUUUCCUGGGGAGCUGCAGAGCAUCUCAGCUGAAUGUUCUGCCCACGAGUCAGGGGGAAGCACUGUUUAACUACCCGUUUUCAGCAUGCAAGUUUAAAAAACUGAUGAGAGGAAAACGCAUCAUCUAUCAAAAUGAACUGACUUACAGGCCGUAUCCACAGAACAAGCCUGCUGCUGUGGUCCAUCCCAUCGAGUGUGUCUACCACAGACCUGACACAUGGGUCCCUCCUUUCCUGAGGCCUGGCUCGGGCACAUCUGAGGGCUGGGGUGGGCUGGUCUUUCACAUGUCUCUACUUAAUGAGGAACUAUCAGGUGUAGCCCAGACCAAUGUCAUCCCAUUGGGCUCUUUUAUGCCAAUAUGGGCGGCAGUGGAGCAGAAGUCCCAUCAGCCUUUGCUGCUGUUAAUGGAGGAGUGUGUGGCAGUGUCAACACCAGAUCUGCAGGCGGAGGGCCAGGUUUACCCCAUCAUUACUAACAAGGGGUGCCUGGUAGAGAGUGUGAGAGGAAACUCCAUGUUCCUGCCUCGCUACCACUCAUCUGCCAUCGUCCUCUACCUACAGGCCUUCAAGUUCAACCUUGGAAAAGAGGUUUACAUCCACUGUAAACUGGCUGCGUGGGACCCUGAGGUUUUUAAUGUGGGCAAGAAAGCCUGCAACUAUAUAAAAGAAACUGAAGGCUGGGAACUGCUUGAUGACCCAUCUCAGAGUGAGCUGUGUAGCUGCUGUGCUUCAACCUGCAGGACCCGGUCCAGAAGAGGACUGGCAUGGGGAUCCCACAGUCAAACCUCUGUGUUAGGACCUCUGAUCAUCGUGGAUCCUGAGAUGUCGGUGAAGUCUCUCGUGUAAUGAUUUCAAACUAUUGUCCUAAAUCUGCUGAAACAUCAGACACAGACUGAGGUUUAAGCAGCUUUCCCACUCAGGACGGUCCAUGAUGUCUCCAACAAAGACACUAAGGGGAUUUAUUUGCCCUCAGCACUGACUAACAAUAGGUUUUGCUCUAUGGUCCUUCAAUCUUACCCAGAUUAAACACCAAUGACAUUCAUCACAACUUUACAGAUGAUGUGAAUAAAACUGCUUUAAUCCAC